AUGACCAACCAACUCACCUUGGAAGAACAGCUGGAGGGCCUCCCUCUUUUCCAGUUGGUAAUUAUUGGAUGUCUCCAAAUUGGUCAACUGAUAGCUUUUUCUUCCAUGUACCCCUAUAUUUACUCCAUGGUUAAGUAUUUUGAUAUUGCUGACAACGAUUCACAAAUCGCCACAUACAGUGGAUAUUUGGCAGCUGCUUUUUCACUCGGCGAGUACAUGAGCUUGCUGUAUUGGUCCAGUGCCUCAAAUAUAUAUGGCAGAAAAACCAUACUCUUGUGUGGCUGUGCUGGUACAGCAUUUUCGAUAGUUCUCUACGGCUUUAGCACGAACUUUUACAUGGCGCUUUUUGCGAGAUUGUUGAUGGGAAUAUGUAGUGGUAAUACUGAAGUCUUGAGAAUUACAAUAGAUGAAAUUGCCCCCGAAGAUAGACACAAAGGUUUCGCUUUCGGCAAUAUCUUUCUGAUCUCAAACAAGUAUAAAUUCAUUGGGUACUCCUUGGGAGUUCUCGGUGAAUCUAGCGUAUCUAAGUCUGCUUCUAAGAGCCGGAGAGAAGAUGGAUUUUCAAUUCCAAGCUAUCCAUUUCUUCUUCCCAGCCUCAUAGCAGGAAGCUUUGUUGUAUUUUUCAUCAACAUCGGUUGGCUCUUUUUGGAAGAAACACAUGAGCGAAUAAAGUAUGAGCGUGACAUUGGCAUAAAUGUUGGAGAUUCUAUUAGGCGUCUAUUGAGAAUACGAGUACCGGAAAGGCCAUGGAAUCUGAGAGAACAAUACCUAAAAGUUGACCAUCAACUAUUGGAGGGAAAAAUUGAUUCUUCAGAAUUGCCCUACUACCCCACCAAAAGCAGAUCUCUUUCUGUAGAAGUUGCAGAUUUUGAAGAACCCUCGCAAAGCGAAACAGGCACAGAAACAAGCGAUCCUAUAGCAUUACCUGCCGUAAGAAAUCGCAUGAUUAACAAUUUUAUGUUCUGCUUUCACGGUGUAUUCUACUUCGAGUUUCUCCCAAUUUUACUUGCCACUAAACUUAGAAUAGAGGACAUGAAGUUCCCAUUUCAUGUUAGAGGAGGGUUCGGUUACAGUUCAAUAGGAAUUGGAAUUCUUGUAAAUAGUUCGGCAGGUAUUGGGUCAUGUGUUGCUAUGUGGCUUAUUGUUUUUGUUAAAUAUUGUGGUAUAAAGCCUGUGUCUCUUGGCUUGAUCGUAUACCCCAUUGUUUACUUUUUAUUGCCCUUACUUCUUUUCACACUGCACCAGUACAAUAAUGGAAUACCAGAAUACGUACCGGUAUUAUUGCUUUUCAUUAUAAUACUUGUUGAUUUGUCAGCUGACUUUCUUACUAUUUCCCGAUUCCAAAUUUUCUUCGACACUACGUCUUCCAAGGAGGAGAAACAGCUAAUUAGUAGAUAUUCAAUCAGAGUCAUCAGCUUAGCAAAGUGUUUAGCCCCAAUUAUUGGAGGUUGGAUGAUAUCGAAGUCCGAGACACACGGUUACAGCGAAUUGCCUUGGUGGGCUCUUUCAGUUUGGUCAACGAUAACACUAUUACAUUCUAAUUACAUCGAUAAGAGUGCCUGGUGA